ACAGCUGGGAGGCCUGCAGCCCGCGGCCGGAGCUGGCGAACGGCGGGCUACGGCCGGCGCUACGGCCGGCGCUACGACGGGCGGAUCGGCGCGGCGGCGGCGGGCGGACCGACGGUCGUCCGCGCCGCCACCUGUGUCCGCGUCAGUCGGCGACGUGUCACGCUCCCCGACACACGGCGUCACUCCGCUCCGACGUGUCACGCGGCAGGUGUCGAGGGUCGUGACUCGCCGUGCAGUUUGCCGUGACGGUGAGUCACGCUGUCACGAACCGUUCGUGAGUGUUGAGUGUUGACUCAGUGCAGGUACCGUGAUCUCGGAAUCGCUGAGGUGUAACGGUGGUUGGCGGAUAGCGGUGAGAACCAGACAGUGCGGUGGCGACAGUGAGAUCUGAGCCAGUGAGAAGCUGUGUGUUCAUACAACAGUCAGCGGAUACGGUGCGCAGUUGAGUGUCAGUCAGGGAGGGAGCACUUUUCUCCGUCAGCGGACGGUGCGCCCAUCUGGGUCAGCGAGGGUCAGCGGAUCGGACCGGGGCCGGACACCUGCGGUGGUCACACGGGUCACCAGUCGCCGGCGUCACACGGGUCAGCCGCCGGCGUCACACACCCGUCACCCGUCACACGUCACACACGGACCAGAAUGCGGCUCGGCGAGGUGCGCAUCGCAGAGGAUAAGGACUUUGAGGAGCUGGUGGCUCUGGCCGACCAGCAUGAUGGCUGGAAGGUCGAGUUCAGCAACAAAUCACUCAACGUCUGGAGCAGAGACACCAACAGCGACACCUCCAAAAUGGUGAAGGUACGAACAACUCUUCUAGACGUGGACGCGGCCACCGCGUACGACGUCCUACACGACGAGGAAUACUGGAAGCGCUGGGACAAGAGCCGCCUGGAGUCGCACUCUGCUGGCUGUCUGAACCCCAACAACGAGAUCUGCUACUACGCAGUGUCGUGCGUGCCGCCGCUGCGUAACCGGGAUAUGGUGGUGCUGCGCUCCUGGCUGGACACGGGUCGCGAGUACUACAUCCUCAGUCACUCGGUGUCACACCAGAGCUACCCGCCGCGGCAAGGCUUCGUGCGCGCUCUCUCACACCUGGCAGGGUUCGUGGUGCGGCCGCUGACCCCUCAGGGGUGUCAGGUGCACUACGUCACUCAUAUGAGUAUCGGAGGUCAGCUACCCGCCUGGCUGGUCAACAAGGCCACGCAGAUCAUGGCACCCAAGAUGCUGAAGCGGUUCCACAAGGCGUGUCUGAAGUACCCGGCCUGGAAAAAGCGACAUAGCCCGCACUUUAAGCCGUGGUUGUACCCCGAACAGAUGCCUUCGCUGAGGCUAGACAUCGCCAUGUGCAACAAGAACCCUCAGGACGAGCAGCAGAAAACGGAGGACGAGUCGGACAUCAAAGAGGCCGACUUCGACUCCGCCGCCAUCUUGAACGACGACGACGACUAGCACACACCGGCGACGGACUCGUCUAGUGACGAGCGGGGCGGACUCCCCCGUAAUACAGGGGAGUUCGUACUGAGUCCGGACUCCGCUCGUAAUACAGGGAGGGCCGGACCCGCUCGUCAUGCCAGCUCAGUGCUUCCUCGACUCCGUGGUAUCUCCCGAACAGAAGACUGUUCCCACCGCUGUCUCAGUAUCUUAGAGAUGGUCCCCGAGGUUAGGUGUUUUGCAUAAGGUGGGUGCAAGUAGGUGAGAAACUGAACACCCCAGCCGAGCGCGUCGCAACUCCGCACACUUCUUGUUGUUAUUCGUAUUUAUGCUGUGCCGAUUGAGACGAGAGUGGCGUGAAAGUUUUUUGAUGUGCAGUAAAUAUAAUACUGUUGGUA